AUGGCGUUACUCCUACUUUCUCUCUCUCGAGUUUCAGCCAUAACUUGCAUCGAGAAGGAGCGGAAUGCCCUCCUCGAGCUGAAGAAAAGUUUUAACGAUCCUUCUCAUCGCUUGGCUACAUGGAAUGGAAUAAAUUGUUGUACGUGGAAUGGUGUGGGUUGCAAUCAAACUUGUGGAUAUGUUACUAAGAUUGAUCUUCGAAGCAAACAGGUUAACUCCAAUAAAGUUUUAUUCAGUAUUUCCAUUCAUUCUAGUUGGUUUGAGUUCGAAAACUUGAAUUACUUGGAUUUAAGUUGGAACCACUUUAACUAUAGUCGAAUUCCAAAUUGGCUAGGACAGCUGAAGAACUUGAAGUAUCUCGAUCUUGAAAACAGUUAUGUUUAUGGUCCAAUUCCUGCUAUGCUGGGGAAUUUAUCUACCCUUGAAUAUUUAGAUCUUUCGAAUAACGCUUUAACGGGAGAAACUCCGGUUUCGUUGGGAAGAUUAUUGAAUUUGAGAGAAUUGGAUUUGGGAGGGAACAGAUUGGAGGAGGUUCCUCCUUUUCAAUUGAAAUUUCUCGAUGCAAGUUCGUGUACUCGUUGUUUUGGAAGUGAGCUCCCUCGAUGGCUUCAAACACAAAAGGCAUUGGUUAAUCUACAAUUGUCGAAUAUGAGUAUCUCGAGUACUUUUCCAACAUGGUUGACAUGUCGAAACCUCACCACUUUGGAUCUUUCCCACAACCAAAUUGUGGGGCCAAUUCCAACCAGCAUCGACAAUCAAAUGCCGAAUUUGGAGGACUUGUUUCUAAGCACUAAUCUUAUCAAUGAUUCUUUACCACUUUCGUUGUGCAAGUUGAAGAAUUUGGCAUAUGUGGAUCUUUCGAACAAUGGGUUAUCUGGAAUGGUUCGAGGUUGUUUGUUGACUUCAAAGUUGCGUCUUUUAGAUCUGUCAUUGAACCAGUUUUCUGAGACUUUUCCACAUUCUCAUGGAAAUGAUCUUUCUAAUGUUGAACAGCUCAACUUGAGAAGCAAUAAGUUUGAGGGAUCCAUGCCGAUUGUCUUGAAGAAUUCAAAGAUUUUGGAGUUUAUAGAUCUUGAAGGAAACAAAUUCUCGGGAAACAUCCCCAUAUGGGUGGGUGAUAAUCUUGGAAGUUUGCAAUUUCUAAGGCUACGAGAUAAUUUAUUCAACGGUACUAUUCCUUCAAAUUUGUGCAAUCUGAAGAACUUGCAAAUUUUGGAUCUUGCUCAUAAUCAGUUAGAGGGAAGUAUCCCAUCGAACUUCAGCAAUUUCAACGUAAUGAUGGGAAAGGGAAGAAAUGAAGUAUCUGUGGUUUGUAGGAACGUAUUUCCUCAAUUAUGCGACGGUAAAAAGAAAGUCAUACAAUCGAUCAAGUUAAGCAACUUCAAUUACUCGUUGUCACAACUAAUGUUAAUGGUGAAUAUAGAUCUUUUGAAGAACUACUUGGUCGGUACCAUUCCAAGAGAGAUAACGAUGCUUAAAGGGUUAAUUGGAUUGAAUUUGUCCCACAACAAUCUAGUCGGGACGAUUCCUACUGAAAUAGGAGGACUCGGAUCGUUGGAAUCACUCGACUUAUCUUUCAAUCAAUUUUCUGGGACAAUUCCUAGAAGCUUAUCGAAAUUAAAUUCAUUAGGCGUGUUGAGAUUAUCCCACAACAAUUUUUCUGGAGACAUUCCUCGAGAGGGUCAUCUCUCUACAUUCAACGAGGCUUCAAGUUUUGAUGGCAAUCCUUAUCUUUGUGGAAAUCCGCUCCAUGUGAAAUGUGUAAAUGAGGAUGCAUUUGAGCCGCCGUAUGGAACUGAAAAUCAAGAUGAAGAGGAUGAUAAAUGGGAGAAGCGGUUGCUUUACAUAAUGAUAAUAUUUGGAUAUGCCGUUGGAUUUUGGGGAGUUGUCGGAGUUUUAAUAUUGAAGAAGAGUUGGAGAUAUACUUAUUUCAAGUUUACAGAUGAGAUUAUACAUACGGAAGUUGUUCAAGAAUCAUACGACAGGAGAACUUUCAACCGUGGAUAUCAGAACUUUGGUGGCAGUUCUCAGUAUAUGAAUGAUUUCUAUCCAAGAUUCGAGCACUUACAGAUGAACCCAACUUAUAUCAGACAUGAGGAGGAUGACAACAAGGUUGACAAAAAGGAUGACAACAAGGUUGACAAAAAGGAUGACAAAAAUGUGAGCAAAGGAUUGUCUAGAGAACUUAUGUCGAAGUUGCCAUCUCACGAACACAAGGGCAGUUCAUCAAAGUGGUUUGGCAAAUCCUCUCAAAAGCAUAAGUAUUGUCUCGUUCUUGCUUCUUGA